CACGAUAUUUAAUCUUCAUCAAAAUUCAUCACAAACGGAGCCAUCCACGUCUAAUCCUUCCUCAUCACAAUAUUCGACCAUUAAAGAGCAAGAGAUACACAAAUUUGGGCAAUUGGCAAAAGAAUGGUGGUCUCCAAACGGACCUAUAAAAUUGUUACAUAGUAUGAAUCCAUUAAGGAUCUCAUAUAUCC